AUGCCACCCGCCAAAGCUAUCAAGACCGAGAGAACCCACGAAGAGAAUCAGGAGCGAGCGUAUAUCGCUGCAUCACGAAGGAGCGACAGAAGUCUAGAGGCCCGUGUGGAAUCUGCGAGAAGAGCUUCAGAAAUACACAAGAGGCGAACGGGUCGCUCACUGCGUGUCACCGAGCAAGAUGUCAUCAAUGAGGAGAUGUACGAAGAGGAGGAUGACGACCUUCCUUCCCAGUACAGACGGCUCACGGCCCAUCUUCACACAGGAUCUGUCGACUUCAAUAAGCGCUUGUCCGCGUACUUGACGAGUAACGUUGCCAUGAGGAGUGCAGUGGAGCAAGCUGUCAACAAUUCCUAUGAUCAGCAGUACGGUCGUGGGCAGCAAUUCGGCCAAAGUCCAAUGUUCCCUUCACCAAUGCUCGCCCACCAAGCGCAGCAGUUGAGGCAGCAACAACAACAGACCUCUACCUCCCACCGACAAUCCCCAUACCCUUCAGCUAGGCCACAGCAAGAUAGUCGAUCCAGUCACCAGCGGUCAGCUUCGAUAGCCAUUCCGCAGGAUAUAUCUAGAAACUUCUCUCACAACAUUACGGGUCAAUCAAACGGUGAUCGGCGCUUGUCUCUGCCUGCUGUAACGGCAAAAUCGGAUUCGCCAUCCGAACCACCAACUCCAACUCUCGCUUCAAGCUCCAGGUCAAGGCCUUCAUUUCCACCAGGUUCCUUUUCUUCGCAGCAAACCGCACAGCAGAAAUCAAUUUCCUCGUCCACGUACGACAACAACAGCAAUAACAACGUGGGCUCUUUCACUAGUGGUCAGAAUUAUGGGCCUUUCAGCAGUACACUUCCAGCCGAACAACAAAUAAUGCUUGGAUCUACAAUGAACGAUCCUUAUAUGCAUAUGCUGAUGAAUGGGAGUGAUAACCAGUCUGACAACAGUUGGAAUUUUGAUGCUGAAUUGCAAAGCACAUCAGACACAGUAAAGCAGCCGCAGACAUUUCCGAGCUUCGAUGGUUUACACUCCACACUCGCGCCAUCCGCUUUCAAUCAAACUGAUGUCAAUCAGAGUUUCUUUGACGAUGCCCUCAAAAUUGGCAACGGCAACGAAACUCUCACUGGUACCCCAGGAAUCAACGGUGAGAGCUGGGGAAGCUUCAUCGACACCGACCAGUGGGACAUCCCCACUGCAUCACAGCAGUCACAGACUUCCACAUAG